AUGAAGAAGGAAGUAGAUUUUAACCUCCUCUACGACGAGGAAAAGAAAAACCUGGUGGGGUUGCUAAUCGAAAACAAUUUUGACGAAAUAUACGAGCCGCUAACCACAGAAAGUCUCAGAUUUUUUGUACCCCUCAACGGGGCGUGCCUAAUCGACUAUCAAUUGCACUUCUUCAAACAAAAUAAUAUUAAAAAGAUUUACGUAGUGGUGACUCACCACGAGAAGGAGUUGCAGCAUUACAUUGAGAAGUUUCAGAAGAGCAAAAAAAGGUACAACGAUUUAGACAUUGAAAUUAUUAAAUUGAGCAAAAAGGUAAAAACCUUAGGUGACGCAUUACGCGAUUUUAAAAAGUGUGUAGAGAUUUAUCAAGACAUAUUAUUGCUCCUGUCCGAUACAAUUCCCAUUGCAAAUAUAAAAGAAAUUAUAAAAGCACAUUUUGUAAAUAAGGAAAAAUGUAAAAAUCAAAUUAUGACUCUUAUCCUGUCCCACUGUAGUGAUGAAAAUAAAUCCCACAAUGACGAUUUUGUCAUUGCGUACGAUAAUUUCUCCUUCAAGCUUCUCCUAUUUGAACCCCUAAAAAAUAAAAAUUAUUUAAUUUUGACAAGCGAAAUAUUUGAUGAGGUAAAGCCUAAGGAUGGUAAGAAGGGGGCAGCCACCUCUGGAGUGAGUGGAGGGGGAAAGAAGGAUCAAAAGGCCUCUCUCUGCAAAGUAGGAGAAGAAAAUAAAGAAUACCAUACGCCAACCAUCAAUUUUAGCACCUCCACCAACUCAAUUAUCAUCUCGUAUGACCUCGUAAUGCCAAACAUUUUUAUCAUCACCCCGCAAGUGUUCAAAUUGUUCGAAGAAAAUUUUGACUACCAGUGUAUGAGAAAGGAUUUUAUUUAUAACAUCCUGAAGCAGGAAAUUAAAAUAGAAGAAAUUUAUGUGCAUUCUUUGAACAACGAUUAUAACUACACAGAAUGUAACCAAAUAAUUACAACCUUGACAGAUUUCCGGAUUUAUUUUAAAUUUUUUAAAACAUUAAUUGAGAGAAAUGUCCACCCCUUUUUGGCUAACUCUUCUCACCUGUUGCCUGACCUUCCCAAAUUUAUUUUUUGCGAACCUGGAUUGUAUAAAGCCAAAAAUGCCAUCAUUGAUGAUUCCUGUAAGUUGCUAAAAAUCGUCUUGGUGGAAAAUUACGCAGAAAUUUCUGAAAAGACAUUUAUUGAAAAUUCCGUUAUUUGUAAAAAUUGCAAAAUUGGAAAAAAUGUAAAAAUUGUGAAUAGCAUUAUUGGGAAAAAUUCUAUCGUAAAGGAUAACGUGACGAUUAUCAGCUCCUUUAUCAGCGAGAAUAAUGUCAUUAACGAGGGUGCAUACAUUGACGAAUGCUGCGUUUUGGGGAAAAAUAUGAACAUCCCCGCGGACACGAAAAUAGGGAAGUAUACCAGAUUAAGCGCUUUUAAACACCUAAAGGGGCAGUUGAAGGGGCACCGGAGGAGCAAAGAGCAGGACGAUCACUCCGCCGAGGAAAGGGAGAAGAAGGACUGUUCCGCGGAUGCAAGCGGCGGAGAGGCACACACUAUGCAGUUUGAGCAGGAGUCCGUCACCAAGGAGAAUGCGGAAAGCGCGCUCAAUGAGAGUACGCACAAGGGGGGUGAAGAGGCCGCGGCGGGGGAGAAGCAGGAGGAGGUAAAAGAAGAGGAGGAUGUAAAAGAAGUGGAUGAGGAGGUGAAAGCAGUGAAGGAGGAUGUAAAAGAAGUGGAUGAGGAGGUGAAAGAAGUGAAAGAGGAGGUGAAUGAAGAAAAGGAGGAGGUGAAUGAAGAAAAGGAGGAGGUGAACGAGGAAGUGAGUGAAAUGAAAGAGGAGGUGAAUGAAGAAAAAGAAGAGAUGACUGAAGUGAAGGAGGUGAUAGAAGAGAACGGAAAGGUGAAUGAAGAGAAGGAGGUUACGGAAGAGAAGGAAGAGGUAAAAGAAGUGAAAGUAGAGGUGAAUGAAGUGGGUGAGGAAGUAAAUGAAGUGAAAGAGGAGGUAAAUGAAGCGAAGGAGGAGGUGAUAGAAAAGAAGGAAGAGAUGACUGAAGUGAAGGAGGUGAAAGAAGAGAAUGAAGAGGUAAAAGAAGUGCAUGAAGAGGUGAUAGAAGAGAAGGAAGAAGCUAACGAAAUAGCGAUGGACGCAAAAGAGUUGAAGGAAGAAGCUAACGAAAUAGCGACGGACGCAAAAGAGUUGAAGGAAGAAGCUAACGAAAUAGCGACGGACGCAAAAGAGUUGAAGGAAGAAGCUAACGAAAUAGCGACGGACGCAAAAGAGGAGAAGGAAGAAGCUAACGAAAUAGCGACGGACGCAAAAGAGGAGAAGGAAGAAGCUCAUGCAAUGGCGACGGACGCCAAAGAGCUGGCCGACGAGAACGGGGACGUGGCAGCGGAAGAGCCAUUUGAACUGAGCAAAUUCAUCGUAAAGACCAGGUACUCUGAGGAGCAGCUGCGGCUUUUCUCCCUAAUCGGGGACGCAGAGAACUAUGGAAAGAUAAAAAUGACGAGCUUCUCAGAGUACGACUCGGAAGAGGAAAGUGACGAAGACUCUGUGUAUUCUACAUCGAAAAAUUACAGCACUUUGAGCGACACCAAUGUAAGUGAUAAGGAAGAUGAAUCGAAUCGUAACAGCACUGCAAACAUGAGUGAUAUAAAUAACCACUUUGAUAAAAUAAAUUUGGAGAAUGAAAAAAAUUCUUUUGUAAAAGAAAUAUCAUUAUUAUGCAAAGAAGCAAUUGAAAAACCACAGCAUAUGAGUCACAAAAUUUUGGAAAUGAAAAGCUUCAGACUUUCCCUAAAUUACACAGACUUAGAUGUUAUCAUUUCAUUUUUCCCUAUCGUUUGGGAUUUCAUUAACAGCAUGGAGUUUGAUAAAGACACAUGGGUGGAAAAUUUUGACGAGGCAAAAUUGGACUUGCUAUUUUCGUCCUUCCUUCUGGACGAUCAGUUAUACUACGAGACCAUCUACGGUUUGAUUUUAGAUUUUUCCAAAAAGGAGUUCCUCGCCAAUGACGUCAAAAAUAACGUGUACGGCUCGGAGAAGUUGUGCGCCGCCUUUGAGUACAUUUACCACUCGGACAUUUUUGAGUUCAACUAUUUUAAUGAAUGGAUCAGCAAAAACGAAGAGGACGAGUACUUGGCGAACAACAAGCGGCUGAAGGCCUUCGCGGAGUGGCUCGCAGAGGAGUAA